AUGGACACGCAGAGUCCCGGUCAAACAAGGUCGGCUCUCAUCUUGUAUGGGACCGAGACAGGCAAUGCGCAGGAAGUGGCCGAGGAAUUGGGCGCCUUGGCUGAGCGUCUGCGGUUCGCGACGCAUGUUUCCGAGUUGAAUCAGUCGAGGCCGGAGCUUCUCUCUUCGUAUACGGUUACCAUAUUCGUUGUAUCGACUACCGGACAAGGUGAUUUGCCGGCAAAUGCGCGGUCGUUUUGGAAGUCGCUUCUGCUCAAGAAGCUGCCGGCAACAUAUUUGAAUGGAGUUCACUUUGCAACAUUUGGGCUGGGAGAUAGCUCGUACCCCAAGUUCAACUGGGCAGCGCGCAAGCUUUACAAGCGGUUGCUGCAGCUCGGCGCAAACGAUAUUUACCCGAUGGGAGAGGCUGAUCAGCAGCACCCAGAGGGACUUGAAGGCACUUUUAUACCUUGGAUGACCGACUUCCGAAAGCAUUUGCUGGAUAUUCACCCUCUUCUUCCGGGUCAGCAUCCAAUCCCGGACGAUGUACAGUUGCCACCAAAAUGGAUUUUGCAAUUGAAAGAUGGCGAGACAUUCGUCCCAAGACCAAAACCCGAGUCGUCAACAGGCAAUAUAGCUGAGACGGAUGAAUAUUCUGGCUUGAGCAAUUUGGACUGUGAUCUCAGACCACUACCUGAUACCCUGAAUGCGACUCUCGUCCAAAACCAGCGUAUUACACCACAAAAUCAUUGGCAGGAUGUACGACGGAUCUCUUUGAAAGUUCCAGACUCCUUGUCUUACAAUCCCGGAGACAUGAUCGCCAUCACGCCCAAAACCUCCCCAGGUGAUGUGCAAAUACUCCUUGAUUUAAUGGGCUGGAAUAAGCAAGCCGAUGUACCCAUUACCCUUGUUCCAACUGGAAGCACACCUGCGCCUUCUCCCAUACCCGGCCUCGACUCCUAUCCGAACCUGACCCUACGCUCUCUCUUCAUAGACUAUCUCGACAUCAAGGCCAUUCCUCGCAGAUCAUUCUUUUCAACGAUUGCACACUACACAAACGAUGAGAUGCAUAAAGAGCGACUUCACGAGUUCACAAACCCCGAAUAUCUAGAUGAACUGUGGGAUUACACGUCGCGCCCACGACGAAGCAUUCUCGAGGUGCUGCAUGAGUUUGACUCUGUCAAAAUUUCCUGGCAGCACGCACUCUCCGUUUUCCCCGUCAUUCGGGCACGGCAAUUCAGCAUAGCUAGUGGCGGAGAGCGCAAGCGGACACCUGAUGGUAAUACCCAGUUCGAGUUACUCAUCGCCAUCGUCAAGUACCAAACGGUCAUCAAACGGAUCCGCGAGGGCGUCUGCACCAAGUAUCUAUCUAUUCUUCGCCCAGGCAGCACGCUUCAAGUCCAACUCCAACCGGGUGGACUCAAUUCUUCAGUGCAACAACUCACUGGACCCACUGUUCUGAUCGGACCCGGCACAGGAAUUGCACCUUUACGUUCUAUGCUCUGGGAAAAGGCAGCCCUGGUCCAAGCCUUCCGCGAGCAGAACCCCGGCGUCGAACCCCCCAUCGGACCUACCGUGUUACUCUACGGUGGUCGAAACCGCACAGCAGAUUUCUUCUACGAAGAAGAUUGGGACCAUUUGAGUAAACUCAUCCCGCUGCAGGUGCUCACUGCCUUCUCACGUGACCAGCAACAGAAGGUCUACGUACAAGACACCAUUCGCCAAAACUUCAAGUUGUUCUUCCGUCUUCUUCAUGACAUGCGGGGGUCUGUCUAUAUUUGUGGGUCUUCGGGGCGUAUGCCUCAAGCUGUGCGGGAAGCUCUUAUUGAAGCUUUUGCGAAUGGUGGGACGCCGGAGUCGGGGCAGUCAUAUAACCGGUUGCAGGCGGAGGAGUAUUUGAUUGGAAUGGAGAAGAUCGGGAGGUAUAAGCAAGAGACAUGGUGA